GGAUUGAGAAGGUUGUGGAGAACAUCAAAGAGUCGAUUCCUAAGGUAGAGUGGGAUUAUGAAGGGAUUCAUUAUUUUGAUAACGGUCCGCUUACGGUUCAGUACCUCCUCGUCUUGGAUGCUUUGAAUUUCUGCUUUUGGCCUGAUAAGGAUCUCACUUAUGACCAUCUUGCCUCGGGGUUAAAGGAAGCUUUGCUGAAUGACAAAUCGGCAUUUGAUGCUGAUCGCCUCCAACAGUACACUGGUCUUCAAUUGCGUGAAUUGUUGAAAUGGCCUAGACCACUUCCUUUAGAGGAUGAGCGGGUUCGUCUGCUGCAUGAGGUAAAAUCUGCCUUCAAUACUGAGUUAAAACUUUUGUCUUCUGUUGACAAUACAUGCUAUCAGUUUGUCACUAACAGUAGUGAAAUCAGUUAUUUGAUUUGAUUAAAUGUCAUGGCUUAGGUUGGGCUUGAACUGGAAAAUAAUUUUGAAGGUAAAGCAUCCAAACUUGUGGAAUCUUGUGGAAAAUCAGCUGUCAAGCUUGUGGCUCUUGUUACACGUUAUUUUCCUGGUACCUUUUCCUUCAAGUUAAAUUUUAAGUUAUUGUCUAAGAUAAUAGUUAAAUUUUUUUCCAAAGAGAUUAAUUGUUAUAUGACAUAAUUGAAAAAUUAAUUCCAAUUAUAAUUAAAAAUAUUGUAGGGUUUCGAGACCACUCCGUUUACAAAGGCCACCAGGUGUUCUUGUAUAAAAGAGCACAGAUAUUUGCUGCAGAUUUAUGGGGUGCAUUCAAGGGCCAAGGAUAUGGAGAAUUCAAUGACAUUGGCUCAAUCACUAUGUUUGCAGACUAUAUUGUUCCAGCUGUACUCAAGCAGCUCAGCGUGCUAAAAUAUAGCUCUACACUUUCCAGCAUUAUUGAUUCUAACCGCGAAAUAGGUCCAGGCAGUGAGGAGGAGAUUGAACUACGAGCUUGCACUAUAUAUGCUGUGGAGAAAAUGAGGGAGUUGAUAAAACUUAAAUCAGGAA